AUGGUUAGAGAGUUCGUGUUCGACAACAGAUCGGCCGCUUCGAUAAGCGUCAAGUUCGAGGUCGUCACGCCUGUCCAGGUGUCUUUUGUCCAAGUUUCGCGCUACUGAAACUUUGGAAGCUGCUCCUCUGCGGGGAUAUGAUUAUACCUGCGCCGCAAGGUUAUGCGCAAUUUUCUCCUUUGCCUUUUUCGAGAAAAAUCCUGCAAAAGUUUGGCUGUCGUCUCCACUUGAAAAUUGAUGAAGUGUGUCCAAAACUCUUCUGAUACCAUUAAAAAAAAACUGAAAACAGGGGGUCAUCUGGCCGUUGAUUCCUAUUCUUGUGAUGAGCCGUCAUUGAAAAGACUAAAUCCCAAAGAAUAUUUGAAAUCCUUUUAGUGGUCUAGACUCUCAUCCAAGUCUUUCUAUUUUAUCAUUUUAGUUUAUAUUUCUCAAGGACUUUCGUUAUUUCAAAAUUUCCUCAGAUAAAAAAAACGAAGAAAAAACAGAGGAAAGUGGGCUCGAGAUUGGCGACGAGUCGUUUCGUAAAUCACAAGCUGUCGGCACAAAUUGAGGACGAAAGGACCAAAAACAAAACUUGACUCCUUUUCGGCCGCCAUUUGCUUUUUUUAGGUCCGCCGCCCAGGCUGGCUGACUAAUUGAAUUAUCCUGACGCAUUUUACCGCAUCGAGGCAAUCUUUUAAAGUUUGUCAAAAUACCCUCAAAUGGCGGCAGGCGUUCGAUCAGGCAUCAAUAAAUUACUAAAAAAAUUUCCUUUUUUUAUUGGAAAUGGAUGAAAGUUUCGUAAGGAGUGUUGGACCCAUUGGGUUUUUUUAAUUAUAUUUUUUUCCAAGUUGCUCUGAUUUCUUUAGAUAACUGGUUUUGUGUGAUGUGUAAACAGUUUCAAAAAUAAUUAUUCAACAUUACCAAGCCUUUUAAUAUUGAUAUGAAGAUCAGCUCUAAUUCCUUUUUGACAAAGAAAUCGCACUCAUUUCAGCAAUUCGCCUGAAACUUCUCCAUUUUCUGAUUGCCUCCGAAAGCGUCCUAAUCGGAUGAUCAUGGCCAAGUUAUUUAAAAAAUCGGAACGCAUAAUAGGCCUAUAAAAGAUUGGUUUCAAGGCCGCCAAGGCGAUAAUUCCAGGCUUUUGCGGGUGCAAAUUUGCGAGUCUCAUUAGACCGCGUGUGGGCGAGAUGCCCUCACCUGACUGCCUGUAAUUAAGUUUUUUGCGCUUCCUGCCAACUCAGCAAACAACCGUGAAAUAUCAAAGGAAGAAGUGUUAACUGUGUUUUUUUAGACUGGGGCAUACUCGUGAGAUUUGCUGUUUCAAACAUCAAUACAACUUUUUAAGACACAUUUUUUUAUAAACAAAAAAGUUAAUAAUUCACUCAUUCCAAUCAUUUUAUGAACGCGAAAGGAAUUAGAGAAUUUUAGAUUUUUUCGAAUGUUUUUCUUUCUGGCUUUUUAUUGUAUUUUUAGAACUUCUUCAUUUAUUUAGAUAUCCGGUUUUCAAUGCACUCAUCAAAUUCCCCUCUCUCAUCAUCGCCAUUUAUUCAUUUAAGUUGUUUUUUACUUCCAACAGGUAUUCAAAACAUGAAGAGAGAAAUAGCUUUGAAAAUUAGAACCUUGAUGAAUAAAUUUUUGCGCCGGUGAGAAUUAAUAAAUUUUGAAUAUAUACUUAACUAGUAUCUUAGCACAAUCUUGUGAAAUUUCAAUUUUUAGUCGAGUUGGCUGAACUUUUUUUUCUUUUCUCACUUUUCACAGAUUUUCUCGAUGAAAGAUUCCUUUUUGAUUAAUUUUUUUCUCCGGAUAUUACGAAUCUGUUUUUUUCAGAAUAUUUCUUUUUAGAUCCAAAAAUUUUUGAAAAAGCGCGCACACGUUUUUUUCUGUGCAUUUCUGUCGCAGCUGCAUUUUUUUGUUUUCGCAAACGAAGAGCUCGAAGGACGCGUGUUCGGAUAUUCAUACGCUCUAAAUUUUUGGUGCUUCCCCGUCGCCAGCUGCAGAUAUUUUGAUGAAGAGGAAAGGAAACGGAGUGCGAUAAAAAAAGUAGCGAGCUUUUUGGAGCGCAAAGCGAAAAAAGGGCCCUAUCAUGGACGGAUCUACACAUGUUGCCCCUCGUGUCCCAAACGCCACGCCCACUUUUUCCGACGGAGGCGAAGGUCCGCCUCUCCCCACGUCCUUUGCCUUCGACAGGCGUCUUAUAUCCAGACGUGUUGAUUUAUAAAAAAUACCUUCGUUCAAAAAUCAUCUUUCAAAGUUUAUAGUGGUUUUAUUAUUGUUUUUUGAAUAAUCGCUUUUAUCAUCAAAAGUUGAAAAAAAAUAAUAAGCCUUUUUUCUCACAAUAUUCUUACCUGUGGCUUAUGUAAAUGCGAUUUUUUUUUCUUAUUUCAUUGAGAGCUGAAUUCAAUACAUCUUUCACGAUCCACUUUUUCCUUUUUUUGUUAUGGUUUUUUUCCGCUAAAACAAUCUAUUUUUUUGUCUUUCAUUUUACUUUUUUUAUAAUUUUUUUAGCACAAUCUCCUUACUUUCUGUAAUCACUGAAAUUUUUCAAUUUUGAGCUCUCAAUAAUGGAAAGGUCUGUUUGGCUACUCUUUGAAUGAAAUUUUCGGAAUUUAUGUUCCCGCAGUCUCAUUACAUAUGUUUUGCGUCUCGUUCACGUUUUGAUAUUAGCUUCCAGUGUGGUUAUCUUGCCCUGAGUUUUUCGUACCACAUCAGAUAAAUGUUCAAGAUUUAGUUUCAAUUGAAAAUGACUUUCUUGAAAGAAGAAUCGAACAGAAAUCAUGGGAUUUCGCUUUCAGCGUCUUAUCGUAAACUUUUUCGGAGUUCUUUUUCGGAAUCUGUCGACGAACUUUCCACCACUCGGAAACUUUCACUUAUUAAUUUUUUUCUAUGAAAUAAGAACAAAAAAAGAAAAAAAUCUUGAACGGGAACAUAAUAAAAAGGAUUGCCCCGCUAAUGCACGUUUAGCAUAGUAAAUGAGGCAGUUAGCCAUGUUGCGUGCCGAGAGCGUCGACCCGAUACUUAUGACACUAAAAGCCCGCGCCAUCCUUUCCGCUUUUGGAGAAACUUUCCAAAAGCUCGUAAACCCGCGCACUUUCAUUUCAACUAAUUGCGUUUUACGCUUUGCCAGUCCUGGUCGGAUAACCGAAUCGUCGAGAAAACGCCUCAAGCAACAUGAAAAGCGGCCCGAUGACAUUUUGAAAGUUUUUCUUGAUCGAAUGAGGGAUAAUCGCAGAGCUUUAAAAAUUCAAGACGAAGCUCGAAGAUUUUGCAAAAAAUUUUCAUUGAGAUGAACUUUGUCUUCUUCCGUUAUUAUAUUUUUUAGCACUCGAUCAAGAAAAACUAUUGCAAAAAUUUGAAAAAGUUUUCUAGAACGUUCAAUUUUGCAGUUUUCGUGUUAUUUUCGUCGAUUGUCUCGAUUUUAAUAGUCCUUCUCGUCGACUAAAUUCAAAGUUUUGUUUUAUUGAGAUUCCAAAGUUUGAACCGUCAAUAAAACGGGCAACACAUGCUUUUCAAAAAGCGCGUCCAAUGGAUACAACCUCGUUUCACCAUGUAAAAAAUAUCACAACACAUCUCACUUUUGUGAACGGAAAAUCAACAAGAGUUUAAAGCUCUCUGCAAUUCUUCGCUCUUUUUUCAAACGAACACGAAACUUUUAACUAUGUGAAAUCGCGCAAAAACGUUCGUUCUCACGCGUAAUUAACAUACUGAUUAAGAUUAAAGCCCGAGGCCCAGCUUGUAUAGUAAUUCUGUGGGAAUAUGCAGCCGUCGUCCUGCAUGUAAUAUGCGCGAAAACCCAUUCGCCAGGCUUAACACGACGCUCACAAUCUCAGCUUCAACCAUUUGUACUGAACCUUGAUUUGCAUUACUGACAGGAGCCCAAUGUGUCAGUGAAUAUUCAGUUUGAGACGGAUGACACGGGGUGAGAAUUCGCGGAUGUUUGUCCAUCUGCACCGAUUUCGACCUCAAAUUUCAAUCAGAAUUUAGUAUCUGUUUGUGGCGCAAAACACUCUUGUGUUGAUUUCCUCCCCAUUUCCUUGUCCGGCUUUUCCCAUUUUGUCAAUGAAAACAAUCGGGAAACGGUUUGCUCGCUCUUUAAUCAUGUAACUGUUUUUCGGGAAGCUUUUAAGCUAUAAAAGAAUAACUCAUUUGUUUAAUAUGUCUCGCGCGGAUUUUUACUCCAUCAACAACCUGCAAUUUACUUUCUUUUUUUCAGCUUCUCAACAUCGUCGCAUGACGUGAUGCAGCGGUUGGUGGUGCUUCUGCUGAUAAGACUGACUUCUGCCCUCGAUCUACGUUAGUUUUUUUGUAUACUCAAAGACAGGCUGGCAUAGAAAAUGAGAAAGAAUAUAUGGGGUAGUGGAUUUCACGGUCGAGUGGGCACAAGGAUGUCUCCUCCAUGGGAACGCACGUUUUUUCAAAGAAAGGCACUUUGAACGGUCCUGAAUCGAACUUUUCUGAGAGAUAGUAGAAUGAAAAGAAUUAUGUAUUUUUCAUAAAUAAGAUUAAACUGGUCAUGAUGGGAAAUUCAUUUUUUUGUAGUGGCUUCAAAAAUCUUUGAUUCAACGUAACAAGUCUCAAGAUGCCUAAAAAUACCUAGAAAAUCCUUUUUUUUUAUCUUUCUUGCCUAAGUUUCAACAGUGAUACCCACAUAAAGAAGCUUCUGAGAAGGAGUGUAGGAAUCCGUUCAAGUGGGCACCCCAUACGGCACGCCAUGUAACUCUAUCAUCACACGCCGGCCACUCCAACAUUAGUGGGACCGCAUCGGUUACAAAAGAAUGUUGACAUUUCGGCACAUCUUCUAGAAGAGACUCCAAGUCGAGAUAGAUUGGAAUCUUUGGCAAACUCGCGCCUUUUGUUUCCGUUUCCCCCGACUUCCACUAGAUGCUGUGAUUUUAUCUAAAAACUUUGCUGCUUUCAGUACUUUCGCAAGGUCAUUUAUCAGGCAGAUCUUUGAAGUUUCAAAAAGAAAACUUGCCGUUCUGCGUACACCUGAUUCUCUGCAGCUUAAAUGUCCGAACAAGACUUAGCAAAAAACGUGUCAGAUUUUUUAAGUGAGGACCAAAAUUUUCCAGAACAUCUGACCAUUCCAAUGGCCGUAAAAGUUGACUUGCUCACUGUUGAGUGCUCAAUGUGUUGAGGCAUCAAUUGCGUUAGUUGGCGGACCCAAGGUGUUGCGCAAUGUAGGAAAUCUCCAUCUGUGCCGAGAUUCACGCAUUGGCGCCACGGUCGUUAAUACUGACCUGAGCGGAUUCAGUUACGAUCUUCCACAGUUUAUUACUUAUAAUAUUGAGCAAUACACAGCUGCGAGCAUCUCAGUAUCUCGGAUUUUUUUUUAUCCACUCAGCUUGUUCUAAUUCUAUUUGGGUAACCGCUGAUCAAGGGAUUGAGGAUUAUUUAUAUUUUUUCAAUUUUUUUCUUGGUGUAGUACAUUUGUUUUUCAACAUCCCAUCAAAACAAAAUAUUUAUUACUGUAUUAUUUUUACGGAUAACAACUGUUCGGCGCAUCUUUUUUCUUCUCUGAGGACACCGUCUAACCGCACCCAACUAAUGUCCAAUCGUUGGGGUCUCGUCGUAAAUCACGACGGCUUUUCGGAAAUUGGCCCCUGAAGCAGCUGUUCGUGGUAGCCUCGGCGACACGUCAUAACUCUGCGUUAGAGUAGUCGUCGCAAAAAAGUUAAAGCUUUUGAAGUGUUCCGGUUGCUAGGAAAAAUGAAAAUUGCGAAAUUUUCCAGAAGAUGUACUCCAAGUUUUUUUUUUCAGGUUUUCGGCUCGAUUCAUCUCUCAAUUCAGAUGAGAGCUUGUUUUUCAAAGUUAAUGUUUUUAUUUAUCAAUCAAACAUGUUAUUUAGAAAACAACUAUUCGAAAAAAAAUUAGAAUGAAAUUCCUUAGAGCCAAGUUCACAAAAACCGAAUUUAUUUUCCCUUUAUGAGCAAGGAAUAUCAAUUUGAAGAAACUAUCGAAAAGGCUGCGAUAACCAACGACAAACUAAAAUCGUAUACAUUUCCUCGAUUUACUCUUUCUCACAAUGACUUAUCUUGCAGCUCUACCAAAAAGGUUUGAAUUCAAAAAAAAAAGCUGAAUGAUCUACUGCGGUAAACUUGAGCGCCAAAAAUCUUGAUCAAAUUCGAACAAAGCUUAGAAGUGCGCGGCCAUCCGGUCGUGUCGCAUCGGCCAUCCAUAAUCAAAGGUUCGAGUGCUGACAGUUUCCGGCGAGGCGCGCAACAGUUGUGGCGGAAAGACAAAAGAGCCGCGCGGGUGCCUGCUCAGAGGGUGAAAGCGUCGAAAUGAUGAAUGUCGUACAGUUUUGCAACACAAACGUCGAGGGAAAGGCAUCGUUUCUAGGUUUCAGGUGCUUUUUUCUCUGCUGACUAACAUGUCAACCAAUUUUGUUAGUCAUGUUGUUGCGCCAUUCAUAAGAAAAGCGCAGUUAGGGAUUUUUUAUAGUUAUCAAAAGAGUUUUUUGUGAAAAAAGUACUCAGUGGAGUGGAAAAACCUUUCUCAAAGUUUUUGUGCCUAUGAGAACUUCAAAAAGCAUCAUAAUUUGGCUGGUAGUAGCUUUCUUGCUAUUCUCAAACUUCACCCAAUAUAAGAUUUUUUGGUCUUGACUUCAAAAUAUUGCAAAAUACUGGAAAGGAAAAAUUCCCACCAAGAAAAUUUCAACGUCACUGCAGAAGUGAUGUAAUUUCAAUGACAAAAGUUCAACGCAGGGGUCUUUUUUUUAAACUAAAUUCUGUUCUGAAAGCAAAUGACAUUUUUCGAAAAAAAAGAAGCUGUUCAAAUGCAUCUGUCUCUGUCAAAACCACUCAUACUUAUCGAAGCCUUAUUAGGAGGCGUGAGAACGGAAGACGCUACUGAAUAGCUGACCGUAUUAGGCUGCGACCCUAAUUGAGGUGCCGAGGACCUAACAGUGGCGGUGGCUAUUAUGAUUGUGAGUCUUCGGGGUUGCGCAAGAAAGAAGGUGGCGGCGCCGUUUUUGCGAGAGGCUUAACCUACUGUCUUGCCCAAAAAAUGUUCGGGACUUCUAGAGAAUCUGAUUGUGGAAUCGCAGAGCGUAGAUAUUUAUGAGUAAACAAAAUGGUUGAUAAAAAAGAGAAUCGUCGUUUUUUUUUCGUUCGAAGAAGAUACGUUCUUUUCCGUAAGGAUUAUUUCAAAUGCAAAAUUUAUUGAGGAUCACGGCCUGCCGGAGUGACAUUAUAAAAUAUAUUCGAAGCUGAUUUUUCGGGAUCUUCGAAUAAAAAAAUUAGUCCUUUUUUAAAAAAAUGGCUCUUCAAUUUUGGGGCGUAGAAGUCAAUCAUCACAAUCAUAAUUUCCUAAACUUGAUGCCUAGGGUCGGUAAGAGAAUGAGUUCUGAAGUUAAUUUCUGUAAAAUUUGCAGACAAAUAUAAGAACCUAGGCGGAAGGGUAUGGUACUUUCGGUAUAUUUUUUAAGCUGAUAGUAUAUACUUUGAGUUCCGAAUGUAGAAUGAGUGAAAACGCCGUUUUUUUGACAUUUUUGAACUUGGAUGCUUUCCUUGAUAAAUAUGCAACAUUCAUCAGCUUCAGAGUAAAACAGCUGCCCUGAAGUGUACUCGGGUUGUACUAUUGUCCAGUGGUAAAUGGGUCCAGUAGGUACACAUCUCCGGCCAUUGUAAAUCUCGCAGGCACUUUGCCAAACUAACGCGUUUGUUGACACCUCGUAGAGUGAUGUUAUUUCUCUCGCGCAGGUACCAUCUAGACUAUCAAUCGCCAAGGCAAAAGUAGCAACGAGUCGGGAAAUCCGUAAAUCCUCGUCGCGCACCGCUCCAUAUUUUUCGUCGUAAAAGUUGAUGUCUGCUCAUAAAUAUAGAUAAUUGCAGGCUUGACGAGUACGAGUCGUUGUUGAAUUAUUUUGGAUUCAAAUCGAAAUGACUCGAGAACUGGAUUCCAACCAUUUUCGAGCUUAGGAUUGCAUUAGAUCGAGCUCUUUUCUGUCGUACUUUUUUUUCAAACACGAAGGGAAAAGCUCAUUCCAAGCACGUAUUGGUGGCUCGUAAACUCUAGCAAGCCGCUUCAUAAGAUUAUGUCUGGCAAUGGGCUCCGCACGCUUUUCGCUGUGAUUGCGCCGCAAAAACGAGGCUGAAAAGACUUGGUUCUCCUCAUUACUUCUCCUUUGCCCUUUUGCUUUCCCAUUCUCCAAUGGGAGACACAAAAAAAAAUACAUUUCAAAAAUAAUUUUCUCGUUGAUUCGAACAUUUUACAAAUAAAAACACUUCUUGUUUUCGAAAACGCGUUAUUGCUAUUUUUUGCUAGUUCUAGAUCACUUUUCUUCGUACUGAAAAAAAAAUAGCUUUUGCGGAGAAUCUUCAACAACUAACAUUUCGCAGAGCGGAGAAACCCGCACAACAGUUACGAUUUGUGAGGAAAACGAUGAACUGGCCUCUGGUUGUUACACGUUUCUUAUGAUUGAUAUCAUCAACGAGGAGCCCGCACGCCAUGUCCCUCGAACAAGAGAAAAAAAAAACACCCAGUAGCGUUGAACGGAAGGCAAAGAAUCGGGGGAAACCAUGCACAAAUACAGGCCUGAAAGACUUGCCGCCAUGUAUGGCAAACGUUGCAACUGAAAUCCGAGACGAAAGCCCUUGACUGGCCGAUUUUGUUACUGUAUCUUGUGUAGAAUCACAGCGACACACGUUUACCCAUUGGGAAAUAUUGAAAACGGUUUAGGAGAGUUUCGAGAAAAAAAUCCGGUUUUUUUUAAAUGUCAAGAAGUGCUCUCAAAUCCUAAACCAAUAAAAAAAUAUGCUGAGAUUAUGAAAAUUGAAACUUUCUUCUUGAAAUUGUUUUUGCCAAAUUUCAGUUAACUGAAAAUUUUUCGCAAAAAGUUUUUCUGGAUAAAAUAAGAGAACUUUGUAGUUUUUCAGAAAUUUUUGUUAAUACACUGUACAGCAAAUUUGAAUAGUACAUCAGAGCAAUUUCUAGGUGUCAUGAAAUCUUGAAAAAGAAUGAAAAAAAGCCCUCCUGAAAGUUGAACAAAAUUUUUAAUAUAAUUUUUACAGAUGAAUGCAGCCAUCCGUUGGGAAUGUCGAACAGGAAGAUCAGAGACGAACAGAUUUCUGCAUCGUCAAGUUUCGACCUUCAGAGCACAGGACCUCAACAUGCCAGGUUUUUUGAAGUUUUCACAUUUGCUUCACCAACUCUCGAUCUUCUCACCAACCGAACGCCGCACCUAACUUCUUUCACACAUCGCCAGGGGAUUUGGUGAAUUCUAAAUUAGUAGCGGUCUACGAAUUUCGCUCCGCUAAGAUGGUCAUGAAAGUGAGCCUCGAGGCUAAUUGCGACCGGACCGAGAAGGGAGGGACGUCAUCAAAAUUGGCGGCAAUUCGCAUGGAAUGGUGCUUCAUCAGCGGGUCGUGGAUUCCUUGAAUUUCUACGGACGCCAUACGUUUGCGGCUCGUCGAGCAAUUAUCUAGUUAGAUUGUUUUGACUGACACGUCGAGCACUUCUAAUUGCGCCAAACCUUUGCCGCCCAGAGUAGCAAACUGUUUCGGGCUCUUAGAGCUUCUCUUAGGGCUCCUACGUGAGAAAAACACCCAGAGUUCAUUUAUCUAAGCGGGAAGGGACUUUCCUCCUAGGAAAUAAAAAUAUUUAUUCCAUUUUUUUGAGAGCUAUUUUAUACAAUUUCUGCAAAAAGAGUUUUUCAUUAGCGUGAGUGGGAAGAAACUUUUUUAUGCGCAUAAAACAGCCAUUUGAUCUCCUUGAGAACCUGAGAUUUUUUUCUCGGUUCUCAUGAACGUGUAGAAAAUUUUGCACGUUUUUUGAAGAAAAAGACGGAGUUUGCGAAAAAAAAAAACCGUCGGCAAAUGUCUUUUGAAGAUCUUUGCGUGGAGCGAAAAUGCGCGGGAAAAAGCUGACUGAUGCGCACAAACUCUCUCAACACAUUCAGCGCAUAUAAAUCGCGAAGUGAAAAAUGACCCAAGGGCGAAAAAGAAACGAAUACUCUCGUUGCUCACAUUCAUCAUACGAAAAUGCUGGCUGUUUGCAGAAAAAAGUGCGUAGGGAGUCGCGAAAAUUCCAUUAUAGGAGUUUUCUAGCACAAAUGAAAAAGACGUGAUUUGGUUGCAGAGCACACCAAGAAUCGGGAAGUGGCGCCUGGUGCCCAAAGAACCAAAUCAACUCACAGAGCAAGGAAUGGCUGCAAAUUUCCUUUGGAAGGGAUACUGGUGAGGAAAAAGCUUUGAGUAGUAUGGAUGAUUUUUUAAUGAUUUCUAGUGAUAACUGCUAUCGAGACACAAGGAAGGUACGACGAAGGCCGAGGCAUGGAAUACGCUACAGCUUUCCGAAUCGAAUACUGGAGACCUUCUCUUAACGGCUGGGCUUCGUAUAAGGACGACGCAGAAGUGGAGGUGAUCGUUUGUUUAUCACUCUGUUUCGUUAUGAAAUAUUCCAAUCCAUGUACUGGUAGCUUGAGAGAAAUCAUUAAAAAGUCAAAUAACAUCUUCACUUUUGGAAUUUUUUCUGAAGGAAAACUUCCAUAAACGCCUUCGACUUCCGGCUACGAUUUGAAUUUUUAAAACGGAGUAUUCAAAAGAUUGGAAGAACAGUCUCCCAGGCCGAAAAAAAACCGGCCAAAUCUUUUGACUUCCCAAGUGCGUCAAGGUUUCUGGCCACAUUGUCACACGCAAAAAAAGCCAUAUGCAAAAAAGGAACCGUCACGCAUGACAAUGGGACUAUUGUACAUGCUGACCCACUACAACAACUACCGUAAUAAAUAUUGGUCCUUUGUCAAAAUGCGGCCUAUUCGUCUGACAAAAUUGCAUGCAAUUAGCGGAAAUUUGAAUAAAUUUCGAAUUCUUCAAUUUUUUUUCUUCUAUUGGAUUGCUGCCAAUAAAUUUACAGCAGGCAGUUGCCUUAGAAUACGGUUCAUUGAAGAUGCACCGCAAUGUCCAACGGCCUUCGGCAUGAUGAAUGGCAUUGGCUAAGGAUGCUCCGCCUGGCGCCGAAAAGAAAGGGAACGCUCCUUACCGAUUUGCUAAUUAGGCGGGUAAUGGUAAUGGGCGGAAGGUGCUGAUGACCCUUCCUCAACCUUUCUACCUUGAAAAAAAGACAUUCUAAAAAUCUGAAACAUUUUUUUCAAAAAAAUAUUAUGAAGGAUUCUCGAAAAAAAUUAUUAAUAGAAAUCAAAAAAAUGUCAAGGAAAAAAAGAGUUUCUUUUUCGACCAUAAAAAAAUCUUUUGCACAAAAAAAUUUUUUUAGAAUCUCCAGAAAAAUAUAUGAAAUCAUAAUCAGAAAAUGUCAAUUUUUUUCAAUUCAUCACAACUCAAAGGGCAUGUUAACAAAGCUGACUAACUAGUUUGAGUUCCCAUCUAUAAAUGAACUCUAAGGCCCUGUUCAACUGCCCAGAACACAUGUUCCAAUCCUUGAACUUGACCGAUGUGGUCAGCAAGGUCACCUUACCGGCCUGCAUAUCUCAGAACAAUGGCGAGAAUUGCAUUAACAAAGACAGGACGCCCGAAAUUCUGAUUGACGUUGCAUCUGUCUGCAUGAGGUCUCAAGUACUGAACAUAUGCGGCUUAGCCGCGUUGUUUCUUGAUUUUCUGUCAAAAAGUGCAGCUUUUAUCUGCCACCUUGACUAGAAAAGGGCUGACGUUAGCCUUUUGAUAAUUAAUGGAUUUUGCAGAAAUUGACAAAAAAAAUCUUGAUUUCCGUGAAUGAAAAAAAGUCCUAUUAUUGCUUCCACAGUCAAGUUAUUAAAGCUGUGAAAAUCCGUUCAAAACGUCGAAAGUGAAUACAUUUCGGGACUGCCCGAUUCGAAAAAGGAAAAUACGUGAAUUUCUUAACACCUGUAACUAGACAAGGUGAAGUACAACUGUUUAUUUAUUUCGAUUUUUUCAAAAAGACUCCAAAAACGUCUUCGUUGUGAUGCUGAGGCUUGUCAUUUUUUCUGAAGAUGUCAGCGGCAUGCGUUGCUGUCUUCAGUCAAGUGUACGGGUCAAUCCGAAAAUGGAGGGGCGGCAGAGCUUUAUUAUGCCAAGUUAAUCCACUCUUCGGUGUGGUGGCCGUUUUUUCUUUUGGUUGUCCGGUGUCUCAUUACCAUGAUGCAUCUUGUUGACAUUCGGUAUCCUUUCAAGGAUUGAUAAAAAAAAAGUCUGAAAAAUGAUAUUUGAAGAUGAAUGAAGAAGUUAUCAUCAAGGUCCCGAAAAAUGACUUAAAAACUAAUUUUCAAGCCUUCUAAAACUUUUACUUUCAUUUUCCAGUAGAUUGGCCACGGCGGAUUGAGCUAAUUUCCAAGUUGCGUGACAGCUGAUUUUUUUUUUUUGAGCAAAACUAGUUUUCAUUUUUGUUGAGGUUAUCUUUUCAGACAGUUCCGGGUAACACGGACACAAAAACACCUGUAAAACAUGUUCUCGACGGUGGAAUCAUCGUGCGAAGAAUUAGAAUCGUACCAAUAUCCAAUUCAACUCGGACUGUUUGUCUACGAGUGGAACUUUUCGGAUGUUCUUUCGAUGGUGAGCCGAAAAAACCUACGAGCUAAACGAGGUGCUAUAAAUUCAGAUUCUCUAAUUUCGUAUGCCAUCGAUCAAGGUGACAUGCAAGGCGCGCGGUCAUUCCACGACGUUCAGUACGACGGAACCGUCCAGGAGAGCCACUUGUUAGGAGGUGAGGGCUCGAAAACUCCAUUCUCAGACCAUAGAAUUUUUUCAGGCAUCGGAAAACUUUAUGAUGGGCAGGCGGCGCCUCAAAAAGCAUACGAAACUCCGCACAAAUGGGUCGGAUGGAAAAAACGUAGAAACGGUAUGUAAAACAUGGGAAAGUUUUUUUGUAUACUGAAAUUCUCACUGCAGACCACGUUCACAUGCAAUUCGUCUUUUCCGAGUUGCGUAACAUCACGGCCGUUUUGAUCCAUACCGCGAAUGAAUUCAGCAAAAACGCUAGGGUCAGGCGAAAAUUUCUCUGAGCGCAAAAAGCUCUUUUUUCAGAUGUUCGCUUCUGCGAACGUUUUGUUCUCUCAUAAUGGACAUGAUUACUCGAAUAAAAUCACACACAAAACAGAAGACAAUGACUCUGAAGAGCCGAGGUGGAUCAAAAUUCCUGUUAAUCAUAAAACCGGAAAAAAUUUGAAGGUUUGAUUUGGUCUUCAGAGCGAGAGAAAAAGUAUGAAGGUUCAGAUUCGGCUUCACUUUGCAUCUGAUUCGGAAUGGAUCUUUGUUUCUGAAAUUUCCUUUGAAUCAAACUAUACAGCUCAUGCGAUUGCGAUAGACGACAUCAAUGUUCCAGAAACCAUUGAGUUUUUCACAGUCACUGAAAACGAAAACGGAGUUGGAUUCAUGAGUUAGUAUCUUUUGACGAAACUCUUUCAGUUUCAUUUUACAGUAACCUUGCUGUUCUCGGUCUUGAUUUUUGCAUCUGUUGUCUUGGCGAUGGUUUUAUACAAGAAAAGGGACAGGGUCAAGGCUUCUUCUCCUUCGCCUUCUUUCAAUGUAGCUACAAGAGAGAUUCACCUCACCAUCGACGGAACAACCAUCAAGGUGGGUAAAAAUAGCUUUGAUGUUUGUGAGUGUAAAAUCUGUAGAUCGAAUCAUUUGUUUUCAAUGCAUCGAGCUGAGAAAUGUCGUUUCAGCGCGUCUCACCAUCAACAUACCAAAUGACACGAGACAAUCUGCAGAACGCGCUCAUCGAGAAAAUGCCAAUAGAUUCGGCCGUCAGCGAUUACGCAGAACCUGACAUUAGCGUGUAAGUACAAGUGGUCCUCAUUUCAUAUCAUGCCAAGUUGGAUUUACCACAUUUACUCAUUCUUAUAUCAUUUCAAAUCAAAACAUUUUCAGCUGCUCGGAGAGCACAACGCCAUUGUUAUACGGUAUGGAAGGACAAUACGAGUCAAAACGAGCGUGAGUAAACCUUCAAUUUGACAUUUCCAUCAUCCUCGUCAAUUCAGCAAUCCUCUCUCGUCCCUUAUCAAGUACUCAGAUUACGGGGAAGUUUACUGUACAACGUUGCCAGAGAUCGCUAGAGACAAAUUGCAAUUCAUCGAAAAAGUCGGUCAUGGCGAAUUCGGAGAGGUUACAGCUUCAACGGAAAUUUUGUGAAUUUUUUUUUGUAGGUGGACCUCUGCCAGCUGGACAACAGGAAAGUGGCAGUAAAACGACUGUAUAGCAUGUCAGAAGCCGACGAGUUCGCUUUCCACAGAGAAAUCCGAGUUCUCGGUAACAAAACGAUGCGAAAUUUCAUAUUUUGAAAUUCUGCAAUUAAGGUAGCCUGAAGCAUCCAAAUGUCGUGGAAGUGGUUGGAGUCUCCACUAUUCAAAAGCCGAUACUCUGCAUCAUGGAGUACAUGGAUAACGGAGACCUUAAGUCUUACAUCAAUAAGUCGAGCAACAUUGAGUGAGUUGAUAUUCUUCGACAUCUUCUGGAAAUUGUAGUUUCAGCACCUCAACCUGUAUAUCAAUCUGCACGCAAUUAGCUGCAGGAUUAGCCUAUUUGGAAUCUUGCAAUUUUGUUCACAGGUAUUUUAAAUAUGCCAGUCGCUAUUAAAAUCAGAAGCUUCCUUGCAGAGACAUUGCCGCGCGGAAUUGCUUGGUUGACAGAGAAGGAAACGUGAAAAUUGCCGAUUUCGGCAUGGCAAGAUCUCUCUACUCCCAAGAAUACUACAAAGUCGAGGGAAAAUUUGUCUUACCGAUUCGCUGGAUGGCCUGGGAAGCCCUACUUAUGGUUAGAAAGAUAUAAGUGAAGCUAGAAUAAAAUUUGGCUUUCAGGGAAAGUUCUCGACAUCCAGCGAUGUUUGGGCGUUUGGUGUGACCAUGUGGGAAGUCUUCAUGCUCUGCAAAGAAAAGCCCUUUUUGAAUCUCAGCGACGACCAAGUUGUUGAGAACUUACAGAAAAUGAGCGAUUCUGGAGAGCUCCAGGUGAUUUCGCUCUACUGUGCUCCAACUCGCUCUUGAAAUUUACAGACCUCUCUCCAACGUCCAAGCCUCUGUCCUAACAGACUUUUCGUUGAGUUCAUGAAGCCCUGUUGGACCUUCGACGCCUCCAAGAGACCAUCGUUCGAGGUGCUUCAUCUGAAUUUGCAGUCCCUAAUUCACACCUCUCCUCAACUUUCUUACUAG